AGCCGGGUCCGUGUCCCGUUGGUGUUAGCUGACAGGCGGCUAUCGGUUAGCCGCCUGCUCCGUCCCGCCUUCCUUCCUCAUCCGGCAGUGACGGCAGCCACAGUCCGGGCCGAGCUGUCGAAUGAACCCGGUGCCUCGAUGCGUCUCCUGCUGGGAGUAUGGCGGCGACACGAACGCUCUAAGCCCCCACCGUCAUGCGUGAAUUGUAUUUUGUUUUACAUUCGCGUCCUUUAGCUUCGUGUUGACAAGACGCUAGCGAGAGCUUUUAGCCGUGUGCGGGGCGGGCGGUGGCGGCAGCGGCAGCUUGUCCUCUCCCCGCGCUCUCGCCACGGCUGGAGGAUGCUGAAGCUGUUCGGCACGCUGGUUCUCGUCGGACUGGCCCUGGCCUGCCUCGCCUCCUGGGUGCUGGACAGCUACGACACGGCUUGGCACCCCAAACGGAGCGUCCGCGGCGGGGACGGAAGCGACCGGGGCAGUUCGCCCCCGUUUCCCGGGGACAAGCUGGAUAACAUAUUCUGGUUUGUUCAGGUUUCCGACAUCCACAUCAGCCGCUUCCACGACCCGAGACGGAUUCCCGACUUUGAAACGUUCUGCACCAAAACCAUCGAGGUGAUCAAGCCGUCGCUCGUGCUUGCGACAGGGGACCUGACGGACGCCAAGACGGCGAGCAAGGUGGGCUCGCUCCAGCACGAGGUGGAGUGGCAGGCCUACCACAACGUCCUCAAGAGGUCUGGCGUCAUGGAGCGCACGCGGUGGAUCGACAUCCGCGGAAAUCACGAUGCCUUCAACAUCAUGUCGCUGGACAGUGUCAACAACUAUUACCGGAAAUACUCAGCCAAUCAGAAGGUGGGCUCCUUCCAUUACGUGCACACCACGCCCUUCGGAAAUUACUCCUUCGUGUGCGCCGACGCCACGCUGACGCCGGGACCCAAGAGGCCCUAUAAUUUCUUCGGGAUUCUCAAUCAGACUCAGAUGGACAUGCUGGACGUGUUCAGAGCUGAGAGUCUUAAAAGCAACCAGUCGAUCUGGUUCGGCCACUACACCACCUCCACCAUCGUGUCGCCGUCUCCGGGCGUGCGGGAGCUGAUGAGGUCAGCCGUGGCCUACCUGUGCGGCCACCUGCACACGCUGGGCGGCCUGAUGCCCGUCCUGCACAGUCGGCAUUCCCACGGCACCCUGGAGCUAGAGCUGGGCGACUGGAUGGACAACCGCAGGUACAGGGUUCUGGCCUUCGACCACGACCUGCUGAGUUUCUCCGACCUGAGGUUUGAAAAGUGGCCGGCCGUGCUCAUUACCAACCCCAAGGAUGCGCAGUACAUGCAUCCGGGCCUGGAACCUGUGGACCGCAUGCGAAGGUCCACACACAUCAGGAUUUUGGCGUUCUCUGAGGCCACCAUCACAUCGGUGCGCGUCAGCGUGGACGGCGAGGCGUUGGGCGAAUGCCACCCUGCCGGCGGCCCCCUGUACGCGCUGCCCUGGGACCCGUCGCGAUACCUCACCGGGCUACACGCCGUCCGGGUGCAGGUGGAGGACUCGUUGGGCCAUCACAGUGCGCAGGAGCAGCACUUCACGCUGGACGCGGACGGGGCAACCCCGAGCUUCGGCUUCGCGCAGUCCUUCAUCCUGCUGACGGAUCAUUACGUGGUGGGCCGGGCGGCCUUCGCGUUCACCAUGCUGCUCAACGUGGGCUUGCUUCUGUCCUUCAGGUUCUUCCGCCAGAUCCCGGCCGGCCGAGCAGGGUGGUCCUCGCAAGCUUGUAUGUCGCUGCGGCUGCUCAGUAAAGUGGACUCUUUCUUCUACUCCCUGCUGCUCUUCAACUUGUGCACAGCCUUAGGGCCGUGGUUCAUCGGGGAGCUGAUCGACGGCCAUAGCGGCGCCUGCUUUGCCUUCGGGGUGUUCAUCGACGGACAUUUCCUGGAGGGCAGCCUCACGUACGUGGUGGGCGUCAUUCAGCUGCUCUUCUUCAACAUGCCGCUCACCUUGUACCUGUGCUGGAGCCUCCACCUGCGUUGCCGCGGCAAUAGCUUCCGCUCGCUGCUACUGCGCCCGGGCUGCCGCUGGCGGUGCCUGGCGGUGCACCUACUCAUGCUGCUGCUGCUGGCCUGGCAGGCGCACUCUUGCUACUUCCUGCUGGAGACGUACGGCCUUCUGGCCUUCCUGCUGUCGCCGGUGCGCACGUGGGCGCUGGGACUGGGCCUGAUGCUGGUCUACCGCGCGUGGACCUGCCCCGUGCCCUCUUGGAGCUCGGUGGCGGGCGGCGGCAACGGCAAGAGCGUCUCGCCGUCCUCCUGACAGUAAUUCGCCACUCUCGCCGCAUUCACCGGUUCACCUGCGUAUUAUUUACUACGCAUGUUUUCAAGUGUAAAGCACCGGCGAGCACAUUUCUGGACCAUAGUGUACACCAGUGGUUCUCAAACUAGGGUGCCUGGACUCUCGGGGGUCUGGGAGACGAAGCUGUGCUGCCUUGAGAAGAGGAGUUUAAUUCGUUCUGUGACCACGCUUGUAUCUCAAAUCAUGUUUCCCCAUUGAAAUAAUGGAAAAUGCCAUUCAAAUUUCUUUUGUUAAUAAGGAAAAUACUACUCAAUAAUAUUGUACUUAACAUAGUCAAAUAGAAUGCAAUGAAUUAAACAGUUUGUGCAUCAUGAUUUAAUUAAAUUCAAUUCAUUGUGCUGCUCCUUCUGAUAUGCCCGUCUUGGCCACCGGGGGGCAAUAUAAUCAAGCAGCAAGUGUCACCAUUACUCUUAAUGUCUCAAUGAGCUGCAAUAAUAUUCGUCGUUUUUCGCAGAAGAUAAAGAAUAUAUGCCUGUGUUAUGACAAUGUGACUAUCGAUGCUGAUCCUUAGCCCCGCUAUGGCAUUUUCUAUGCGGUCAACAAAAGGCAUAAUAGUCUUUUUUUUUUUUUUUUUUUUGUUUCGAACAAAAUACUUACAAAAUUGUUUUUUGUUUUCAGAAUAGAGUUCUAUUUCUUUUUUUUAAAGACAUCUUUUCCAGAGUAAAAGGGUUAAUAGGAGAAUAAAGUUCUAUUUUUUUAUUUCGUCCGUUAAAAUAUGACUGUUUUCCCUUGUUACAGUACUUUGACGUUAAUAUAAUCAUACUAUGACUUUAUCUCGGGAAAAUACAACUUUAUUCUCAUAGGAUGGUGACUUUUCAUCCUAAUAAAAUACAUAUUUGUUCUUUUUGGGGUAAAAUGACAUGACUUUGUUCGCAUGUUACAAUUAUUUUUUUAUUUUUUGGCAAAUAUGAAUUUGUUAUCCCAACAUUACAACUUUUUAAAAAAUCAAAAAUAGGCUACUUUUGACUUCUUAUGUACCCUUAGGGGUACAUGUGGUAUGUUUAAUUGGUGUUAGAAUUAUGAGGGUGUCCUUGGAAAAUUUUCUCCGCUGUAAGGAGUCCAUGGCCGCUCAAAAGUUUGAGAACCCCCGGUGUACACUUUAAAAAAAAAAAAAAAGAAAACAAAAACAAAGAGAGCCACAUGGGUUGCUGUGGUUUGUUUACUUUCGCACUUUGUUUUUCAAAGUGUUGCCUUCUCAUCACCACUGCCAAAGGACACAAAAGUACAAAUGCAUUCAAUUCCUGACAGCCACAACAACCCAGAGUAUGUACACUCAAAAAUGUUGCUUGUGUUUCGAAAAUAUGUAUUUUAAAACUCUAAAUUGUCAAUGAUUGUAGGGGGGGGGGGGGGGGGGGGUGAAUUCGGUUCAUCGAAGACUAUUCUUUGGCUUCAGUUUGUGAAAACAACAUACACGAGGUGCAUUGGAGACUCUUCAAUGUGUACAUUAGGAUAAUUGGAAACUCAAUUUAACUUCAAUUUAAUUGUCCUCAGUGUUAGAAAAAAAAUGUACAUCAAGAUCACUGAAUUCUAAAUGGUUUCAGAGUUUCCGAAAAACGUACGCAUAGGUGCAUUGAAGACUGUCUUCUUAAGUGUUUAUGAGAAAACGUAUGUUAUGUUUAUGGAACAUUUUACAUUGUCUUCAAAAUAUUCAUUUUGGAUUUAUUGAAGAUUAAAUUGUCUUCAAUGUUAUGAAAAUACCAAGAUUAAAUUAUUCAAGAUUACCUGAAAAUCGUAUGUUGAAAAUCGAAUGUUAGGUUCCUUAAAAACAAAACAACACCAUACUUUAGGGUCAUUACAAACUAAAUGUUCUGCUUUUUUUUUGUUUUUUUUUACAAAAAAACUGAAGUUCACUGAAGAAUCAAAAUUAUACAUUAGAUUUUAAAAAAUUGGACAAAACUAUGUAGGUUCAUUGAAGACUCAAAUUUCUUCAGUGAUACAAAAAACAUGCGCUAGUUGCAUUGAGGAUAAUUGUCUUCGCAAUGUUACAAAAAAUGUACAUUAGGUUCACUGAAAACUACAUUGGCUUCAAAGUUUAGAAAGUAAUAACUUAAGGUUUAUUGCAGACUUAAGUUUUCACUGAUGUUGUAUGAAAACAGACAUGUUCCAAUUCACCAAAGACAAAAUUGUCCCCGAUGUUUUCCAAAACACGUAAAGUAGGUUCAUGAAAGACUUGUCUUCAACGGUUUUAGGGAAAACAAAGUCAACACCGAAGACAACAUUUUCAUUAAGUUUACAAAAACACGCUUUUUACGUCAGCUUAAGACUCGAAAUUGUCUUCAAUGUUUUCAAAAACGCAAAUGCUCAUAUAUACACAGUAAUAAUAAGAAUAUUUGUUUACUCAUUGCAUUAUAUUAUCCCAUAAAUGUAGUAUCGCGCUCGGAGAAGUUUAUAGGACAAUAUGACUUACGAAAGUGAUGUGUUCAGUGGCGCUCGGUGGAAACGCUUCUCCUAACGUUUUGCUAUGAAAUCAACGCUGAGCUGUUGGGAUUCUCAGGAACGUUAAUGUUUGGACACAAUAAAAUCCCAGGAUAUUUUUAUACUCCACAGUAGCUCUAAACAAAAAUAACAAAACAUCAAUGGAAAUCAACGCGUGGUGGCUUUAAAUAGUGAAAAAAUGAUUGUGAUAUAGUUGUGAAAUGAAUCGCUAUGCCGUUAUUUAAUUUAUGAUGAUGAUGUGUGAUUUCCCCUCAGCACCACCAUUUCACUAAAUCCGGCAUUGGGUAGAAGGCAUCCCGUUGUGCCAAAACAAGUACCGACAGAAGGUGAAGGCCUAAUUUAUUAAUUAUGUAUUGUGUGAUUUCCCCUUAGUACCCCCAUUUCACUGAAUCCAGCACAGGGAAAAGGACAUCCUAUGUUGCGCAAAUCUACCAACAGAAGGCAAAAGCCUCAUUUAUGAGAUUGCUUGAUUCCUGACACCAACCUACUCCCGUUUCACUGCAUUCAGCACUGGGGAAAAAAAGUGAUCACUUCAGAAAGGGAAGGCCUCAUUUAUCAAUAGUGUGAUUUCCCCCUCAGUACCCCAAUGUUAUUGUGUCCAGCACUGGGUAAAAGGCAUCCCGUGUUACAGAACAAGUACUUACAAGAAUGUGAUUUUUUUAUUUUUUUUUAUUUAUUUAUUUUUUUUUGAUGAUAUCGUCUGAUUCCCCUUAGCACCGCAAUUUCACUGCAUCCAGCACUGGGUAAAAUGCAUCGUAUGUCACAAAAAAAUACCUUCAAAAGGUGAAGGCCUCAUUUAUCAAUAGUGUGACUUUCCCCUCAGCACCCCCUUUCACUGUGUCCAGCACUGGGUAAAAGGCAUCCCAUGUCACAAAAAAAUACCUUCAAAAGGCGAAGGCCUCAUUUAUGAUGAUGGCAUGUGAUUUAUAUUGUGUUUUGACUGCAUCCGGCACUGGGUAAAAGACACCCCGCUGUUGAACAAAAAGUACCUACAGAAUGUGAAUGCCUCAUUUAUGAUGAUAUUGUGUGAUUUCCCUGAGUAAAAGGCAUACCAUGUCGCAAAAAAAAAAAAAAAACAACAGAGGAUGAAGACCUCAUUUAUGAAUUAUGAUAUAGUGUGAUUCCCUUCAGCACCCCCCCCCCCCCCCCCCCCCCCACCCCCAUUUCACUGCAUCCAGCACUGGAAAUGUACUAGUGUACCUACAGAAUCUUAUGAAUUAUUUUACCCAAUAUGUAUCCGGGAGGAGUUAUUAUAACCACUGAAAUGACAUAUUUGGACACAGUCCAAUGCACGAAGGAGUCUGACAAUUAUCCGAUUGGACACACACAGGCAGGUGUCCCCAAUGAAAUUCCUGUGUGACAAACUACUGAGCAAACUGGCACUUCAUUUAUAAGCACGUGUGUGAGUGUCGAAGAGUUUAUGGGUGCCCGCUGAUUACAUCAUCACUACGCGGCUGUGAGUGUGUCUGAACUGUGUUGUGGAUGUCACAUGGCCACAUCUAUUUGUAACAUUCACUUGCAAAAAAAUGAAUGAGAAGUGUGUUCUGAAUGAAAAAGGGAGCAACCACUUUUUUUUUUAUUGAAUGGUUUAUAGUGCUGUGGAUUAAAAAUGUUCAAUACA